AAGAAACACUCUUUCUUCAAAGACCACAUCCUCCCUUUCUUAAUGUAGACAUGUUUACUGUGAGUUACUGACACACAGUAUUUCUCAUGUAUGUGAUCUAGCUGCUGAUUUAACAGAGACCAGAGGAGCAGCUAUGAGUUUAACAGCAGCAGCGAGUGGAUUUGUUGUCUUCCUUCUCUCUGUACAAGUGAUACAGGGUCACUAUGGCUGGGGAGUGACUUACACCUCUACUCAGAUCUGUGCUGUUAAAGGUUCAACAGUGAACAUACGCUGCAGCUACAGAUACCCAGACUGGUGGAAAGGCAGUGUUACUACAGUUGAGAGAACAUUAUGGUUUACUAAAAUGAAUUAUUAUCAACCUGUAGAUCUGACAACAGACUCAGAAUAUUCAGGUCGUGUGCAGUACAGUUAUAAAAACAAGGACUGCACUCUGAGAAUCUCAGACCUGAGAGAGAGAGACUCAGCUGUGUACAAGUUCAUGUUCACAACAAACCAAGAAGGUGGAAGAUAUACCGGUUCACAUGGAGUCACUUUGUCUGUCACAGGUCUCCAGGUGAUAUCACAUUCUAACAGGUUGAAGUGUCAGAGCAGUUGUCGUCUACCUAAUAAUCCUUCCUAUGUCUGGUACAAGAAUGGACAGGAAAUUCAGGCACAAACAUCUUAUUAUUUAAACUAUGUGUAUAAUUCAGACAGCUAUUCCUGUGCUCUUCAAGGAUAUAAGGACUUCCCCUCUCCUUCAGUGUGUGUCCAAGGUGAAUCCUGCAACAGAGUGACGUACACUGACAGAAGCAUCUGUGCCUCUGAAGGCUCUUCAGUGGACAUUUCUUGCACUUACAGCAGUUAUGAAGAUCAAGUUGAAUCAAAACUCUGGUUCAGUCGUGAGCGUAAUCAUCGAGGACAGAAUCCUUCCCAGCCUGAAGACCUUAGUACAGACUCCCAGUAUACAGGUCGUGUUCAUGUAGAAACAGAGAGAAGACGCUCCACUCUGAGAAUCUCUGACCUGAGAGAGAGAGACUCAGCUGAGUAUCACUUCAAAUUCAUAACACCAAACUUUGAAUGGAGGAGUAGUUUACCUGGAACAACUCUGACUGUCACAGCUCUGCAGGUUCAGGUGAUCAGAGUCUAUCAGUCUCAGACCUAUGCAGUACUGAAGUGUCACAGCAGCUGCAGUCCAGCUGGUCGUCUCUCCUACGUCUGGUUCAAGAACAGAGAACACAUUACCUCGGUGGAGACAUCUACUUAUACAACCUGGUUUAAUCCCACAGACCUCUUCUCCUGUGCGUUGAAAGGACAUGAGAAGUUCCCCUCUCCUUCAGUGUUGAUACAGGGUCAGGAUGACUGGGGAGUGACUUACACCUCUACUCAGAUCUGUGCUGUUAAUGGAUCAACAGUGAACAUACACUGCAGCUACACAUACCCAUCCAGACAUUCCUGGUGGAAAAGCAGUGUUAGAGUUGAGAAAGCAUUAUGGUUUAAUACAAUGAAUAAUAAUGAACCUGUAGAUCUGACAACAGACUCAGAAUAUUCAGGUCGUGUGCAGUACAGUUAUAAAAACAAGGACUGCACUCUGAGAAUCUCAGACCUGAGAGAGAGAGACUCAGCUGAGUACAAGUUCAUGUUCACAACAAACCAAGAAGGUGGAAGAUAUAUCGGUUCACCUGGAGUCACUUUGUCUGUCACAGGUCUCCAGGUGAUAUCACAUUCUAACAGGCUGGAGUGUCAGAGCAGUUGUCGUCUACCUAAUAAUCCUUCCUAUGUCUGGUACAAGAAUGGACAGGAAAUUCAGGCACAAACAUCUUAUUAUUUAAACUAUGUGUAUUAUUCAGACAGCUAUUCCUGUGCUCUUCAAGGAUAUAAGGACUUCCCCUCUCCUUCAGUGUGUGUCCAAGGUGAAUCCUGCAACAGAGUGACGUACACUGACAGAAGCAUCUGUGCCUCCGAAGGCUCUUCAGUGGACAUUUCUUGCACUUACAGCAGUUAUGAAGAUCAAGUUGAAUCAAAACUCUGGUUCCGUCGUGAGCGUAAUCAUCAAGGACAGAAUCCUUCCCAGCCUGAAGACCUUAGUACAGACUCCCAGUAUACAGGUCGUGUUCAUGUAGAAACAGAGAGAGGACGCUCCACUCUGAGAAUCUCUGACCUGAGAGAGAGAGACUCAGCUGAGUAUCACUUCAAAUUCAUAACACCAAACUUUGAAUGGAGGAGUAGUUUACCUGGAACAACUCUGACUGUCACAGCUCUGCAGGUGCAGGUGAUCAGAGUCUAUCAGUCUCAGACCUAUGCAGAGCUGAAGUGUCACAGCAGCUGCAGUCCAGCUGGUCGUCUCUCCUACGUCUGGUUCAAGAACAGAGAACACAUUACCUCGGUGGAGACAUCUACUUAUACAACCUGGUUUAAUCCCACAGACGUCUUCUCCUGUGCGUUGAAAGGACAUGAGAAGUUCCCCUCUCCUUCAGUGUUGAUACAGGGUCAGGAUGACUGGGGAGUGACUUACACCUCUACUCAGAUCUGUGCUGUUAAAGGAUCAACAGUGGACAUACGCUGCAGCUACAGAUACCCAGACUGGUGGAAAGGCAGUUAUACUAGAGUUGUGAGAACAUCAUGGUUUAUUAAAAUGAACAAUAAUGAACCUGUAGAUCUGACAACAGACUCAGAAUAUUCAGGUCGUGUGCAGUACAGUUAUAAAAACAAGGACUGCACUCUGAGAAUCUCAGACCUGAGAGAGAGAGACUCAGCUGUGUACAAGUUCAUGUUCACAACAAACCAAGAAGGUGGAAGAUAUAUCGGUUCACCUGGAGUCACUUUGUCUGUCACAGCAGAUCCAGGUCUCCAGGUGAUAUCACAUUCUAACAGGCUGGAGUGUCAGAGCAGUUGUCCUCUACCUAAUAAUCCUUCCUAUGUCUGGUACAAGAAUGGACAGGAAAUUCAGACACAAACAUCUUAUUAUUUAAACCCUGUGUAUUAUUCAGACAGCUAUUCCUGUGCUCUUCAAGGAUAUAAGGAUUUCCCCUCUCCUUCAGUGUGUGUCCAAGGUGAAUCCUGCUACAGAGUGACGUACACUGACAGAAGCAUCUGUGCCUCCGAAGGCUCUUCAGUGAACAUUUCUUGUUUGUACAACAGCUACAAUUAUGAUGACAAAUCAACAUUCUGGUUCCGUCGUGAGCGUAAUCAUCGAGGACAGAAUCCUUCCCAGCCUGAAGACCUUAGUACAGACUCCCAGUAUACAGGUCGUGUUAAGGUUAUUGAAACAGAGAGAGGACGCUCCACUCUGAGAAUCUCUGACCUGAGAGAGAGAGACUCAGCUGAGUAUCACUUCAAGUUCAUAACACCAAGAUUUGAAUGGAGUAGUUUACCUGGAACAACUCUGACUGUCACAGCUCUGCAGGUGCAGGUGAUCAGAGUUUAUCAGUCUCAGACCAAGGCAGAGCUGAAGUGUCACAGCAGCUGCAGUCCAGCUGGUCGUCUCUCCUACGUCUGGUUCAAGAACAGAGAACACAUUACCUCGGUGGAGACAUCUACUUAUACAACCUGGUUUAAUCCCACAGACGUCUUCUCCUGUGCGUUGAAAGGACAUGAGAAGUUCCCCUCUCCUUCAGUGUUGAUACAGGGUCAGGAUGGCUGGGGGGUAACUUACACCUCUACUCAGAUCUGUGCCUUACAAGGAUCAACAGUGGAAAUGCCGUGCACCUACAGAUACCCAUCCACAAUGAGUCAUCAAACUACUGAGCUGGUAAAAAGAUUAUGGUUUACUAAAGGGAGUAAUAAAGCACCUGUGGAUCUGAAAACAGAUUCAGACUACACAGGUCGUGUGGAGUAUUUCUUUGAUAACAACGGCUGCACUCUGAGAAUCUCAGACCUGAGAGAGAGAGACUCUGCUGAGUACAAGUUCAGGUUCAUAACAAACCAUGAUGGUUUCACUGGUUCACCUGGAGUCACUUUGUCUGUUACAGUUCCAGACCUCCAGGUGCAGGUGACAAGAUCAUGGACCCAGGGAGAGCUGAGGUGUCACAGCAGCUGUAAUGUACCUGAUAAUCCUUCAUAUGUCUGGUUCAAUAAUGGACAGAAAAUGGAUGGAGAAACAUCUUCUUCUCUCAGAGUCUCUGUUGAUGAUAACAACAGCUAUUCCUGUGCUGUUACAGGAUAUGAAGAUUACCGCUCUCCUCCAGUGUAUGGUCCAAAGCUUCCCUCUGUGUCAGUGAGUCCCUCUGCUGAGAUAGUGGAGGGCAGUUCAGUGACUCUGACCUGUAGCAGUGAUGCUAACCCAGCAGCUAAAUACACCUGGUACAAGGAGAAUGUAUACUUCAGACCUCCCCGUGAAGGACCACAGCUUGUCUUCAGCUCCAUCCAGUCCUCUGACUCUGGACAGUAUUACUGUACAGCUGAGAACGAGCUGGGGACGAAGACGUCUCAAUACAAAUCUAUUGAUGUGAAAUAUGCUCCAAAGGUUGUUCUCCUGUCUCUGACUCCCACUGGGGAUAUCAGAGAGAACAGUAGAGUGACUCUGACCUGUAGCAGUGAUGCUAACCCAGCAGCUACUUAUACCUGGUACAAGAAUGGUAAACCUCUCAAUAAAAAUACUCAGAUUGUAUUCAGCUCCAUCCAGUCCUCUGACUCUGGACAGUAUUACUGUGAAGCUGAGAACAAGUUGGGGAGGAGGACAUCUAGAUCCAUCUUUAUUAAUGUGAAAUAUGGUCCAAAGCUUCCCUCUGUGUCAGUGAGUCCCUCUGCUGAGAUAGUGGAGGGCAGUUCAGUGACUCUGACCUGUAGCAGUGAUGCUAACCCAGCAGCUACUUAUACCUGGUUGAAGAGCAAUGUAAAGCUCAGACCUCCCAUUGAAGAACAACAGCUGGUCCUCACGUCCAUCCAGUCCUCUCACUCUGGACAAUAUACAUGUAGAGCUAGGAACAGCCUGGGCUCUAACACAUCCAAACCCAUUUCUAUUAAAGUGAAAUAUGCUCCAAAUCUUCCCUCUACGUCAGUGAGUCCCUCUGGAGAAAUCAAGGAGGGCAGUUCAGUGACUCUGACCUGUCAAAGCAAUGCUUAUCCAGCAGCUAAAUACACCUGGUACAAGAAGAAUGGAAAUCCAGAACUUCAACCUCUCAGUGAAAAUAAACAGCUUGUCUUCAGCUCCAUCCAGUCCUCUAACUCUGGAGAGUAUUACUGUACAGCUGAGAAUGAGCUGGGGAGGAGGACAUCUAGAUCCAUCUCUAUUGAUGUGAAAUAUGGUCCAAAGCUUCCCUCUGUGUCAGUGAGUCCCUCUGCUGAGAUAGUGGAGGGCAGUUCAGUGACUCUGACCUGUAGCAGUGAUGCUAACCCAGCAGCUAACUACACCUGGUACAAGGAGAAUGAAGACUCACCAAAAGCAUCAGGACAGAUCUUCACCAUCACUGACUUCAGAGCUGAACACAGUGGGAAUUAUUACUGUGAAGCCCAGAACAGAAGAGGACGUCAGAACUCCACCUUACAUCUGACUGUUGUGGCAGGUUCUAUGAAAUCAGUAGCUGCUGGAUCCAUCACUGCUAUUUUCCUGGCUAUCAUAUUCCUCUGUGCCUUCCUAUUUAUUAGAAGAAAGAGAUCCUCGAAACGAACCACCGAGCCUGGAGAGAGACCAGACAACCAAGCUCAGGGUUCAGUGUAUGACAGCCCUUCAGCUCCAGUCCAGAGAACUCCAGCAGAGCAGCAGGACGACCUUUGCUAUGCCAGCGUGAGCUUCUCUAAAAACCAGGAAGAUGUUCUCUACUCCAACAUCAGGCUAGUUCAGCCCCACAGACACAAGGAGGAAGAGGAGGACGAGGAUGUGGAGUACACUGCUGUCAACUUUAAGAGUUCCAGUGCUACCACAGAAUCAGGAAAUCAAAAGGCUGUGGAGGAUUUAUCUGAACUGUACAGCACAGUCAGCAAACACCCAAGAGUUUGAACACAACACAAAUCUGUGGUCUCUUUAAAGGGCCGGGUUGGUAAUGUUGAAAAACUAGCAAGAUUUGAAGGAAGCAUCUCCUCGGUGCUCCGUCUAACCCCUCCCCCUGCCCUCUGGGCUCCCCCCCCCACACAGACAUGCACCCCCGCCUCACUACUUUAGACAGUGUUCAAGCAGGUUAAACACACAUUUCUGAGUAUUAGGAUUAAGUUGAUAUACUAUAUUUAUAUAUAUAUUAUAUUUUAUGCAUUUUUAUGACAGGCAGCGAUGGUCAUUUCUCUAGUGUCAUCAGUUAACGGCUGGUAAGUUUGUAAUUUAUAAAAAUACCAAUACAGAAUUUGCUUAAAAAUGCAAUAAUUUACUGCUAGUGUUAGCGAAUCAUCUUGUCAAGUACAUUUCUCCGUAUAUAUUUCUUUAUCACAAGUUUUCUACU